AUGCCUGAGAAUUCAACCACAAAUGAAGGCUCUCCCAAGCUUUCGUUAGAGAAGGCUCGCCGUGGGAAUAUGUCUGUUGGUGAAAAAGCGCCCCAAGCAACAAUACGAACGAGAAUGAUGAUCGCGGGCAUCGAACAUUGCAAUAAUAGCAUUGAUGAUCUCGAAGCACAAAAAACCACGAAGCGGCCUUCCAGGCUAAGCGCUUGCUUGAAUUUCCUCCGGUAUACGGCGUUCAAUGUAUACCGCAAGCUUUUCUCUCUAGUUUUCAUUUCCAAUCUUGCUGUUUUUAUUGCUAUCAUGGUCACCGACCAAUCAUCUCUACUGGCAUUCGUUGAUGCAGUAGCGGCAAACUUGACUGUGUGUGGUCUAGCACGGCAGCCCUUGGUUGUGAACGCAAUAUACUUAGUCGUCUGUGCCGUGCCUCGGUCAGCUCCGCUACGACUCAGGCGCAUGGCCGCCAAAGCGUUUCAUUUCGGUGGCGUGCACAGUGGGUGUGGUGUUGCAUCAUUUGUGUGGUAUGUUGGGCUGGUGGCCUUGAUUUCGAUCAAUUACUGGUUCCAGGGUCAUGGUGGUGAGGCCAAAGUAACCAUCUCCACCGCGGUCGUUGUUCUGGCCUAUAUUAUCUUGCUAUUAUUGGUGUUCAUUAUCACUGCGGCUUACCCUACUUUCCGGAUGAAACACCACGACGCCUUUGAGCUAAUUCAACGGUUCUCGGCAUGGACAGUGGUUGCUCUAUUUCUGGCUCUCUUAUUGAUAUUUGCAAACGACGCACGACAGACGGAACACCUGAGUCUGGGCCAGUACCUCAUCCGCCUACCAGCUUUCUGGAUGCUGUUGGUCGUGAUUGCGGCUAUCGUACAUCCAUAUCUGCUAUUGCGAAGGAUAAAAGUCCAGCCGGAAAAGCUCUCCAGGCAUGCCAUCAGACUGCACAUGGAUCAUACACGGACAGGAUUUGGGCUAGGAAUCCAACUAGCUAGAAAUCCCUUGCGCGACUGGCAUUCGUUUGCCACAUUUCCAGAUUGUACUACCGAGAAAGACCCGAAUUUACUAGACUUGCAACCUGGCUCGUUCUCGUGUUUGGUAUCCAAGGCCGGCGAUUGGACAAGCGAUGCAAUUGAGCGACCACCGCAGUAUUUGUGGAAGCGCGGGGUCCUCGUACAUGGCUUUGCCUACGUGAUGCGAGUGUUUGAAAGGAUCAUCGUGGUGACGACUGGUUCCGGAAUCGGGCCAUGUCUAUCAUUCCUUGGGGAUGAGAAGAGGCCAGCGAUGCGUGUGGUGUGGCAAACACGUUCCCCUGUCAAGACCUACGGACAAGGGAUCAUAAAUCUAGUCAAGCAAAUGGAUCCUGACCCACUGGUCAUGGACACUGACCAGACAGGCGGCCGUGCCGAUAUGCUGCCUGUCAUCGAGCGUUUGGCCAAGGAGUUCAGAGCUGAGGCGGUCUGCGUGAUAAGCAAUCCUAAGCUCACCAAGCAGCUGGUGUAUGCCCUGGAGACGAAGGGCCUGGUGGCCAUGGGCCCCAUUUUUGAUUCGUGA